AUGUUGACUUUUAUCUUGCAUAUUUUGAUUGUUCAGUCGAUUGCUAGUCGACUCAGUUCCGAUUAUCGGUACGAAAGUGGUGAUGAUGAAGAAUAUGGUUUAGUAAAACGUAUUUUUUUCCGUAAGCCUACACCGGCGCCAGCUGAGCGAACAUCAAGCAUUAUUGGGAAUAUCAUUCGUCCUUCAUCGACACCUUCGUCAAAUGAAAAGCCGGUAAUAGAAACUGAGACAGCAACAUAUGCACCUUCAUAUUCAACAUCAGAUCCAUGUGAUUUGAAUCCUUGUGAACAUGAAGGCCGUUGUAUUCGAAAAGGACAAAUGGCCUAUGAAUGCAAAUGUGUAGGCCCAUGGCGAGGAAUGUAUUGUGGCAUCUCCGACGCAUGCUAUAGAGCUCCAUGCCAAAAUGAAGGUAAAUGUUUUAAUGUGCACGAUGAUUAUUGGUGUAAAUGCUCGAGUGAUUAUUAUGGAAGUGAUUGCCAACACAAAUCCGCCAGUUCAAGUUCCUCGGAAAAUCAAUGCCAACCAAAUAUUUGUCAUACUGGUCGAUGUGUUUCCCUUGAAACAAAAUAUUAUUGUGAUUGUCCCAAAGAUCGUUAUGGUGAUCACUGUGAAAAGCAAAUCUUCAAACGAGCAAUUUCUAAAUUUCAAUUAUAUGAAAGUUUAUUGAAUCAACUGAAGCGAAACAUGCGCAAAAAAAGUAUGAGACAUGCGCACCAGUACGGCAAAGAUGAUGAUGUGGCCAUCUAUGAUGUAAAGAAUGGAAUUUAUUUUUAG